AAGGGAGAAGGGGAGUGCGGCCCGCGGCGCUGGAAUUUGCCGUUACCCUCCCACCGCCGUCGGGUCGGGCCUGGGGCGGGCCGCAGGUGCCCCGGGCAGCGGCGGGUUGUGGCGGGGAGGUCAAGCAGACAGCAAAUACAGCGUUGUUCCGGGUAGAUUUCAGAAAAAAAAAAAUGCUCAGGACGAUAUCGCGUCCGCGCAGGCCCUGGGGAAGGGUCUCUGGCGCGCUUCAGAGCGGUGUUAAGUGGAAACAGCACUGCUUAUUCCCUGUUUUGUAGCGGUUGGGAAAUCUUUCCCUCCUGUUCUGUUCAGUCUCCUUGUCUGUUAGUAUGUCAUGAUAUUCUGUGACUGUAUUCCACUGUUCAUCUCAAACUACAAACACUGGAAAUUUAGAUGGUGCAGAGCAUGAUUCCAAAGGCAUUGAGACCCAUGAAAUUCUACUUCUCUACUGUGUAUCAAGAAAUAUGGGUUGGUGUAGCAUUAACAGCUUAUGCCUACUACAAGAUUUCAUAUGGGGGCAAAAAAUCAUCGGGAAAUAAGUCCUCUGGUUCUGGCCAUCAUUAAAGAUCUCUUCUUGGAAUAUGAAUUUGGGGUUCAUCAUCUCUACUGCAAAUGAAGCAAGUUACAACCAUAGGGAAAUGAAUGCUAGAACCCCACCUGGUCCAUCUGCUGUAAUUGGAAAAAGAAUAAAUCCAUUGAGCAAGAAGUAAUUAAAGAUGUUGGACAAUA